AUGACCUCAAGAUCUUCCUUCCUCCCCCGCCUGGGAUUCGGGCGCACCGACAAUAACCCCCUUCUACCCCUGCAUUCUCUAAGCUCCUCCGUCCGCAAGAAGCCGAGCGAAUACAACCUCGCCGAGCUAUCCCCCCGGCCUGACGACGGUUCCAACAAGACCCGCAUGAGUCCCCCUCCUGUCCGGAGAAGAAGUCCUCCGCCACCAUCGUCUACAAGAGGGAGAGAUGAGUCGACAAGCCAUCGCAGCCAUUUGGCAUCAUCCCGACCCCACCGCGACCGUGACUUUGAUCAACCGAUCCUCUUUGCCGGCCCGCCCCCGCCGAUCGCCACGUCGAGGAUGUUGUAUCUGGACGAGGAGGCGACGGAGUCGACAUCAUCACGGGGAGGCGGGGGGUUGGGAGCAUCGCUGUUCACGCAAAACCUUGGCAGUGUUCUUUUCAACAGGGGUUCCGGGGCCUCUUCGCCCAGCGUCCCCCGUGAUAACAAGGACUACUAUCACGAUUACACCCUCGACGCGACGUGGCUUACAUUCCAGAGGAGGGAACGCGCGCUGCAGGAGGAUUUGCAGCAGAUGUUGGAUGCGCAGAGUGCUGGAUUAGCAGCAAACUUGGAUCCAAAUAACCCUACUUUGAACCCUAGCUUCAACUCUAACGCUAGUUCCACAAGUCCUGCUCCCCCUAGUCGGAGCAGUGUUGUAAGUGACAGGAGUACUCCCAGGACACCACCCAGUAGCGGGAACCGCGCAAGACAUGUCACCUUCGACCCGGUGCCGCACACAGCCAUGGACUUAGGUACGAUCUUGCCCGUUCGGCAGCCCAAGCCGAAGGCGAUUACAUUACGGGCUGCACGCGCGGGGUUGACGCGCACGAUUGGAUUGCUUGCAGACCUAAAGGCGGAUGAGGACGCACAGAUUGUUACGGCGCUGGGAGAAAGGAAGAAGGCGCUUGCUAGGCUGAGGGGGUUGAGUGCAAGGAGGGAGGGGAUUGUGGAGAAAUUGAGAGUUUUGGAGCAGGAUGAUGAGGAAGGGAAGGAAGGAGAGGGGGAAGGGAAGGGGGAGGGCGAGAUCAAGAAUUUGGAGGCGAGGCUGGCAGAAUUAAAGAAGCGCAAGGCGUGGUUAGACGCAAGGGUUGAGGAGGUCCGCAGUCGGCGAGAGGCGGGGUUGAGCGGGUAUCGUGGGGCAUUGAGAGAGGUGGAGGAUAAGAUUGGAGGGUUGCUCAGUCGACCGGGGGUGAAGCCGUUGGAUUUGAGGGUUGUUAAGGCAUGGGGGUUCGGGGAAGAGGGGGUGUGGGAAGAUCCAGGGGGGGCGGAUUUCUUGAAGUUGAGGCCGGAACGGAGGACGGUGCAGAUGGCGAGGGAGUGGUGGGAGGGUGAGGUGGCUAUCUUGGAGAGGAGGAAACAGGAUGUGGAUCGGGAGAGGGCGGCGCUGGAGGAGGGAGUUGAGGUCUGGAAAGAGGCUGUUAAAUUAGUGACAGAUUUUGAGGAUGGGUUGAUGAGGGAGAUGAAGGGGGAGGAGGAGGGGAGGCCGUUUGGCGAAGAUGAUCGGUUCGGUAAUCAACAGCGGAGCAGUAAGGGGAAGGGCAAGGCGAGCCCCAGCGGGGGUAUUGCCGGAACCAGUGAGCUCUCUUCGCCUUCUCUUGCACCUGCCCGGUCCCCGGAGCAAGCUAUGCGUAACCAGCUGGCCAAGAUACACACUGUCAUGGCUGGCCUGGAAGAACGACUACAUGUGGCGGAGGAAAAAGGCUGGAAGCUCCUGAUCUGUGCCAUUGGUGCCGAGCUGGAAGCUUUUCGCCAGGCAGAGGGGCUGUUACGGGAUGCAUUACGCGCGGCUGGGUUUGAUGACGACUCCCCGGAUGGUGAUGGCGGACCAGAUGAGGGCAAUGAUGGACGGGAAGUACCAGGGAUAGGAUCUACGCGCUCGAGCAGGCCGCCCACGGCUAUCAGGUCGUCAUCGGCACAGCUUUUGGCUGGGCUAGAAUCUGGUCCUGGCGUCUCUACUGCCGUGGAGGGGAACGACGCUGGCAUUAAACGUGGCAAGAAUGGGAGCCUUGCUGACGUGGCAGUCGAGACGGCUGGACGUGAUGACAAGGCUGCGGAGAGUGACAAUGAGGUGCCACAUGACUUGCUGGUCUCGGCUGUUGAGGAGCCGUCGAUGGCUAGUGAAGCCAGUGAAAAUGAGGUACCUAUUGAGUUUUUGAGAGUACAUGGGGAUUAUGGAGGGUUGGGAAUUCGAGAUAGCUAA